AUGGCUUCGUGGGACCCGAAGAUGCACAUCGCACUGUACACAACUGACAGACACGGCAAUGCACACAGGACGCUGGCACAGACAAGCACACACCAGCACCCACACACACAGUCACGCCCGCAGUCCGUCUCCCAAUCCCAACCACCCAGCCCAGGCAAAGCAACUACGGACGCGAUGGGAAGACGUCCGUCAUCGCUCGCAAGCGGUCCGGCGGUCUCUCCCGCGAAAGCAACCGAGUCAGAUUCCCGCUUUGGUACGCCAACACCCAACCAAAAGCGCCCGAUAGCCACAAGUCUCUCCCCGCGUGACAACUCGGCGUUUUUGGGACUCACAGCCACUGUGGCUGGGGUGUUCCGCUGUGCUGUGCAGUUCACAGUACUCGGCCGAUGUGGCAGGAGCAAUGCUGACUCAACACAUGACAUCGAUGCAACAAGCCAUGCAGAGGAUACUAGUGUGAACGACUACUAUGUCAAUGCGGGCAGGGUGUGUGUCACGGCAGUGGAUGAGCAGGUGAGCGUGUGGCAUAGUUCCGAACAUCGCGUGUUUCGCAGGAUGACGGACCAAGCCAAUGCCGCGAUUCUAUACUUCACCGCACACAAACCGGAAGCAGUCCUUUCGUCAUUCUUGGUAUGGCUCCACAGCUAUCACAAUUUAUUCACUGCAAAGUGCUCCAGAUGCGAUAGACACCUGUGCUACGAUUCAGAGGAGUUCCAAUACCUACCCCCGGUUGUGCGGUCCUUUGCUACAGAGAAUAAAAAACACAUCGUGUACCACAGGCAAUGCCAGUACAGUAGCCGUUGAUGCUACGAUCGCUGGAUAGAAUAAAAAACAUUAACUAAACUGUGACGUCGAAUAUGAUUUUAGGCGGAUACGCCAUUGAGAGCAGUGCUUAGGUUUAUAAAGAUACGCAAUCGCUCUUCAAAGUGCUCGGUGGCCAUGUGCAUGCUCAGCAUAAGAUGCGAGCAUAGGAAUAAGA